UUGGUGGAAACAGCCCCGCCCAUAAAAGAUCCUGAUAAUGGCAACAGCUCAGCAGGAUAAGAGUUUGAAGGGAAAGGACUGGAUAAGAGAGUCCUACAUUGAGCAGCAGACUGGAGUAUGGCCUAAGGACGGGAAGCAUAUAUUAGCUCAGUAUGAUGAUGAAGACAUCAUUGUAUACCAGGCUUACUCUAGAGGCAUUGGGUCAUAUGCCAUCGAACACCAAAAGUUUGGUGGUCCUCUCUUCUCCUACAGUCGUAUGUCAUGGAUAAAGACUAACUUCCUGUGGAUGAUGUACAGGAGCGGUUGGGGAUCAAAAGAGAACCAGGAGAUGGUCCUAGCAGUCAGGAUCUCUAGAAAUGGAUUUGAUACAAUACUAUCGCAUGCACUUACUGGUCAUGAUGAGAAGUUGCUAGGGAAAGGCCAGUCACCAGUGAGACUCCAGUGGGAUCCUGAUCAUCAUCCUGAUGGAUCGGCCCUGAGCAGAAGAGCCAUCCAACUAGGAUUAAGAAAUGAUAUACUAGCACGAUAUGGUGAUGAAUGGACCACUGAUAUCACUGAUAUCAGUGAUUUUGUUCAUGAUCAGUAUCAAGCCAAUGUGAUAUCUCGUCAAUGGGAUAAACUACUGGUUCCAAGAGAAAGAGUUUACCAUGUUACUAACGAAGAGAUAGCAAAACAAAUUAAACUAAUAGAUUAAUUAUAAUAAUUAUUUAAAUAAGUAA